AUGUCCUGCCAGCAGAACCAGCAGCAAUGCCAGCCCCCUCCCAAGUGCACCCCCAAGUGCCCUCCCAAGUGCCAGACCCCAAAGUGCCCUCCUAAGUGCCCUCCCAAGUGCCCGCCUGUGUCUUCCUGCUGUAGCCUGGGUUCUGGGGGCUGCUGUGGCUCCAGCUCUGGGGGCGGAUGUGGUUCCAGCUCUGGGGGCUGCUGCAACUCUGGGGGUAGUGGCUGCUGCCUGAGCCACCACAGGCCCCGCAGAUCUCUGCGUCGCCAUCGUCACAGCUCUGGAUGCUGUGGCAGCAGUGGGGGCAGCAGCGGCUGCUGUGGCAGCAGUGGGGGCAGCAGCUGUGGUGGCAGCAGUGGGGGCAGCAGCUGUGGUGGCAGCCAGCAGUCUGGGGGCUGCUGCUGA